AUGGAUGGAUUUUCUUUGAAGGUUUCGGAGGCAGUGUGUCUUGGGGCGAGCCUCGGCUUCUCUUGUAUCUGCUAUUACGUCUACAGAAAGAGUCGGAAAACACUUAAUAAACUUGAUGUGAGUUGAGGUUACUAUGUACAACAUCUAAUUUUACAUGACAUAUACUUUUUCAUGCUGUGUAGUCAACAGAAAAAAAUAGGAUUAGUUGCUUCAGUUUUCACAUACUUCUUGAAAUCCUCUUUUGGCAGUCAAGCACUUUGCCAGUGCUCCUGAUUAGUGUUAAUAAAGGAGGAAAAUCCACAAAAUAGGCCAUGCUGAAUAGUAAAGCUUUUGACUGAAGGAUUGCAGACUUUCAACUCCACUGGCACAUGGUUUCAAUAAGGUUAAUGUGUAAAAAAAUUAGAGUAAAAACAAGAAAAGCAGAUACAAGGCAAAUUUAAUGAGACAGACGUGCCUGUUUUCUUUCCCAUACACUACAUGACAGUUUGUCUCCGAGACUGUUCAAAUGAGUCAAAUAUAAAGUCCAUUUGCUACUGUUCAUACACUGCAUGAAACAGUCUGUGUCUCGUGUGUUCAGGACGCGCCACACUUCAAUAUAGAUGGAAAACUCCGGGACAUUUUGAAAGUUACCCCAGGAGCAUGUCUUCAGUAUGCUGUUAUUGAAGGUAAUCAAGGUCCCUCCAUUUUUCUUACAUACAAAAGUUUGUUGCACUGGAAUAAAAAUGGUCUUUGUAUGAAUUUAUACUGUGCUGUAUUUACACUCAAGGUGCUGUGCAACCAGUUGGAGAGCCUCUGACGAGUCACUUCCAGAAAGAAUUUGUAGGAGUGUUACAGAAAUUCAUGUUGAGAGAACACAGGCUGGUGUGGAACAGCCUUUCACGGACAUGGUGAGUGCUCAGAAAAGUUAGCACCAUAGUCUUUAUUUCAGUGUCAAAGGUUUCUGGGUUGGAAUUGGAAACUCAGUUUGUUUUUGUUUGAGCCCUUCAAAGUCUGUCGUCUCUAGAUUUAGAAGCCUCUGUGACAUGAAUAAGUCUCUUACAGCGAGCUGUUUAGAGUGGUAUCGUAAAGUCCUGACACAUCAUGCUAAUACUUUGAACAGACAACUUUUGGAUUUUGUGAAGAUAGCUAACGAACAUGAAAAAGCUUUCAGUGACCAUUGAUGUUAUUUGUAUUUUAUAUGAGACUUUAUUUAUGCAUACCCAAACCUAAAACACAACACAAGAGUUCAGCUGUAUAAUAUUUUCACUUCGCUGUCAUAUUUAAGAUUUGGGAGACAAUUUGUUUUUUCUUUUACCUGCUACAGGACAGACAGCGAACGAUUGUUACAUCAAAAAGUGAAUUCAGUGCCCUUCCUGUUAGUGGGAUCUGAUGAGACCACCGUCAGAGUCCUGUGUCCUGUGCAGGCCUCAGGAGAUCACAUGGAGAUCACUUAUGAGAGGUUCCACCAAGUCAAUUAUGGCCUGGGUGACAUAGUUGGACAGUACCUCAGUGGAGAGAAGAUUAAAGGGCAACUGGAGACAGAGGAAAUGUUAAAAGUCAGUUUAUGGUUCAAACACUAGAGCAUUUAUUAAAAUUAUUACUCCUUAAAGUUUUUUGCUAGCCAUUUAAAUGAAUGCAGAACUCAUUUUUUAAAUAUUUCUGUUUCUAGGUUGGAACAGCUCUAACAGGUAUAGGGGAAUUGGUUCUGGACACGGACGGCAGCCUGAAUCUCCGACCCCCUGCUAAUGGUUCUCCAUAUAUCUUAAGUAAUGCAGACUUUGAGACUCUGAGAGGAGACCAGGAGAGCACAGUUGGGUUGUGGAAGGCUCUAGCCAUCGUUUCUGCUUUGGCUGGAGCAGCAGCGCUCCUCUGGGUGGGUCGACGUUACUACAACCAACUGAAAAUUCGUUGGGAACGGGAAGAGGAGAGGAGGGAAUUUGAGAGAUUUCGGGCUGAACUCCCCAGAGCACACGGUGGAGUGGCAAACCCCAAUCAAGAUGAGGAUACCUGUGUGAUAUGCCUGACUCAGCCACGUGAUUGUGUUCUGUUGGAGUGUGGACAUGUGUGCUGUUGCCACAGCUGCUACGAGGCGCUUCCACAACGCAGAUGCCCAAUGUGUAGACAGCACAUCAUGAGGGUGGUGCCUUUAUAUUACGCCUGA